AUGGACGGCGACUACAAAACCUCGAAAGAGGCUUUUGUGUCUGGAAUGACAGGUUCAACUGUUAUGCAUGUUAAUCUGAUUUCCGUAGUAGCUUGGUCUUCCAUCGCUCUUUAUUCAGCUAUUCGCUCUCGCCUUCCCCCUUCAAAAACGAUACCGUUUGCAGCAGAAUGGAUGAUUUUGGUCGUUCCUCUACUGCUUUCUAUGACGCUUUUUGCGAAUACCCCAUCUACACUGUCCGCUUUACUCUUGGGUCCGGCUAGUCUCUUGCUGCUUUUCCCUGCACGGAAUUCAAGACCCCCUUUGCCCUCAAACGCGACUGAUAACAGCCCGACUACAUCCAACCCACAAGCACUGACGCCAUUACCUGCUCUAUCGACGUACCGUUCGCAUAUGCUAAUAAUGACUAUCUUGUCUAUUCUCGCGGUUGACUUCCCCGUCUUUCCCCGUUCUCUAGUGAAAUGUGAGACCUAUGGCGUAUCCCUGAUGGAUAUUGGUGUUGGAUCAUUCGUAUUUUCACAGGGAAUUGUCUCGGCUAUCCCAAUGAUCAAGGACCCCGCAUAUUUAACUGCCCCCAUCCUACCUAAAUUUCUGACGUUGUCCCGCAAACUUGCUCCCAUCAUCGCUCUCGGCCUUUUGCGCGUUGUGCUCGUGAAAGGUACUGAGUAUCCAGAACAUGUAACGGAAUACGGUGUACAUUGGAACUUUUUCAUCACAUUGGCCAUUAUGCCAGCUGUUCAGGUGCUGUUGCACCCCAUCAUGAUACACAUCCCGCUUUCUCUCCUUGGAAUAUGGGUAGCAGUUCUUCAUCAAAUGUCCCUGUCCACCAUGGGUCUCAAGCAGUUCGUGCUCACCGCUCCUCGUACUGGCCUACUGAGUGCGAACAAGGAGGGUGUCUCAUCUCUACUCGGAUAUUUCGCCAUUCACCUGCUCGGUCUUGCUACAGGAACCCUCAUUAUCCCCCCUUCCCCAUCCUACUUCCGCAGGUUGCAAGACUCUCUUGUCGAGGCAUCUGACAAGUCUAGCUCAGGGAAGAAAGAUAACAGUCAGCCUCAAGAUCGCAAAUCCCUGACUGCUCCACGACAAAAUGGAAAGACUGCAAUAGAAUUAUUUUCGUACACUGUAGUUUGGUGGGCCUUAUUGGGGCUCACCCGAUUCCUAGGUUUGGAUGUUUCGCGUAGGAUGGCCAAUUUAACCUACAUCCUCUGGGUCGUAGCGUACAACACCACGUUUAUCCUAGGCUAUCUUCUAAUGGACUCCUAUUUUUUCCCCGCCGCUAAAGGUCAAGCUACUGCAAAAGACGAUGGAAAAGUACAGUCUCGAUCCAAGCUUAGCACUUCUCCUUCUCUGCUAGACGCAAUAAACAAAAAUGGACUGGCUCUCUUUCUCCUGGCUAACGUCGUCACUGGUGUCAUUAACCUGUCAAUUCCUACGAUGUACACGUCGGAUACGUGGGCUAUGGUGAUUCUGGGUGGAUAUGCAUUCGGCAUCUCUGUUGUUGCUUGGAGGCUGCAAAGCUAUCGGAUCUGGAGGUUUUAA